GCCUGAGGGGGCGGAGGAGAGGAGGAGGAGGGAGAAGCGCGCGGGCGCCGCGGAUGGCUGGCGGGCGCUCGCGCGCGCGCGCUGCGGGCGCUCAUUGGCUGGCGGGCCUGAGCGCGCGGGGGUCACGUGGCGCCCCUGGCGGCGGGGGAAGGGGCGGGGCCAAGGCCCGUAGGGGAGGAGCUGGGCGGGCUUUCUCCGCCCCUCCCCGCCAGCCCUGCCGUGGGUCAGGAUCCAGCCCCAUCGACGCCCAGGAGGGGGCGACAAGCCAGUCGCUUUGGAGCCGCGGACCCCCCAAGGAUGCGCCCGUAUAAAGGGACAGGCUGAUGUCCAAGGGGUGGAGUCCCUGGUGGUUCCGUGGGCUUCUUCAAGGGGGCAGGACGGACUCCGCCCUCCUGGCUGUCCUUGAGACCAGCCGGAUCAAGCCAGCCCCUCUGGACCCCCAGCCCCACCCACCCCCACGAAGCAUCCUCUCUGCCCCACACAUUUUUUUCCCCAGUUCAACUUUUAUUAAUUUUAACAAUCAUCUUAUCAUUAACAUUCACAACAGAUAAACAAAUGUGGACUUCCUGCUCACCCCUCUUCGUGAAUCAUCAGCUAUAAAAUUUACCCUUGCUAUAAUAAUAAUAAUAAUAAUAAUUCAAAACAUAAAUUUAGACCCUUACAAACACGAUUUUAAUCUACCCAACCUGCCAUCAUUACUAGAUUUCAAACCCUGCUGUAAGAUCCAUAGUAGGAAAGUAAUUCUUUCGAUACAACAAAAAUGAUUUUCCAGUCUUCUUUAAAACAUUCCAAGUUUUGGUCUCUUAUUAGUGCUGAAGGAUUCUGGCUUCAGUCUGCCCCACACAUUUGAGGGGCUUGGGCUCGGGCCCACUUUCCAGACAGACACAGGUCCAGGCAUUCGCACAGCAACAUGCAGCUGUGCAACGUCGUGUGUGAAGACGGCGAUGGACACAGACGUUGGCCGGGCAACUCUGAAAAGCUUCAUCCAAGGAGGGGCUGUCGUCUCCGACUGCUGCACAGCAGGACCUUGAGCAAGCAGCAUGGAUCACCUGGCACCCUUCAGCAGCUUCACAGAUGACCCUUUCGACAAGCCGCCGUGCCGAGGGUGCUCCUCCUACCUGGCAGAGCCGUACGUCAAGUGUGCCGAGUGUGGGCCGCCUCCCUUCUUGCUGUGCUUGCAGUGCUUCACCCGAGGAUUCGAGUACAAGAAGCACCAAAGUGAUCACACCUAUGAAAUCAUGACCUCCAACUUCCCAGUCCUGGACCCCACCUGGACCGCUCAGGAAGAAAUGGCCCUCCUGGAAGCGGUGAUGGAUUGCGGCUUUGGGAACUGGCAGGACGUCGCCAACCAGAUGAGCACGAAGAGUAAAGAGGAAUGCGAGAAGCAUUACAUGAAGCACUUCAUCAACAACCCGCUCUUUGCCUCCACGCUGCUGAACCUGAAGCAGGCCGAAGAGAGCCGCCACGUGGACUCGGCCGUCCCCUUCUACCCCUCUGAAGAUCUCCCGCGCCCAACCUUCGAUUCCCUGCUCUCCAGGGAUAUGGCCGGAUACAUGCCGGCACGGGCGGAUUUCAUUGAGGAAUUUGACAACUACGCUGAAUGGGAUUUAAGGGACAUCGACUUCGUGGAGGACGACUCGGAGCUUUUACAUGCACUGAAGAUUGCGGUUGUCGAUAUCUACCACUCCAGAUUAAAGGAAAGGCAGCGAAGGAAAAAGAUUAUAAGAGAUCAUGGACUCAUCAAUCUCCGAAAGUUUCAGCUUCUGGAGAGGAGAUACCCGAAGGAGGUUCAAGACCUGUACGAAAGGAUGCGGCGCUUUGCCCGGAUCCUGGGGCCGACGGAGCACGACAAGGUCAUCGAGAGCCACGCCCUGGAGUUUGAGCUGCGAAGGGAAAUCAAGCGGCUCCAGGAAUACCGAAGGGCAGGCAUCACCAGUUUCUGCAGUGCCAGGACGUACGAACGGCUCAAGAAGACCCGGGAGGAGGAACGCCUGAAGCGCACAAUGCUGUCCGAAGUCCUCCAGUACAUCCAGGACAGCAGCGCCUGCCAGCACUGGCUCAGCCGGCAAGCUGAUCUCGAUUCUGGCCUGAGUCCCACCAUACAAGUCACGUCCAACUCAGGUCGGAGGAGCGCCCCUCCGCUGAACCUGACGGGACUCCCGGGCACGGAGAAACUCAACGAGAGAGAGAAAGAGCUGUGCCAGGUGGUCAGGCUGGUCCCCGGAGCCUACCUGGAGUACAAGGCGGCCCUGCUGAACGAGUGCGGCAAGCAAGGGGGCCUGCGGCUGGCCCAGGCGCGCGCCCUCAUCAAGAUCGAUGUGAACAAGACCCGGAAGAUCUACGACUUCCUGAUCCGAGAGGGACACAUCACCAAAGCCUAGCGGAGAAGUGGCGGCCGGCAGGACCGCCGGAUCGGGAGACGCUUCGAAACGGCCGUCUCGGCAUCCCGGAUCCGAGAGGGACACAUCACCAAAGCCUAGCGGAGAAGUGGCGGCCGGCAGGACCGCCGGAUCGGGAGACGCU